AGAGUGAGAGACUUAGAAAGCAUGGCUCUGACCGACAAGCAUAAAGUGAAACGCCAGCGACUCGACAAAAUUUGUGAAGCAUAACUGGAGAUUAAUUAUUCAAGGGCUAUCAGCUGGAGGGGGAGCCACCUGAAAGCACGGACAUACAAUAUUCCGACCGGAUAUCAGGUGAAACCGCCAAACUCUGCUUGGUCUUCUUUUCGACUGGUUCCUUAACUACCUCUUUCUGGUUCAUCUUUGGGUGCUACGACAUACCAAGACUUGAACGACACAAGUGGAGUACUUUUUUUUUUUGUGUGGUACAGUACUUGUUUUGUUUUUCCACAUUUUUCUCAAAUGCUUGUCACCAACAAACAGUUAAGUCUCGGUCGCUCCCACAGUUGGGACACUUUGGGGGGGAAUGAGAGUCAGUGGGACAGGGCUGAGAGUGUCUACGAGCAGCAGGCAAGAGUAGCUGGCCGGCGGAGCUCUCUGUCAUACGGAGAGGGGGGAGGAGGGUGGUAUGAGCCCUCUGCAGGGGUGCGUCCUCCUGACCUGGAUUUGAAGCAGGAUACGUAUUCCUACCAAGACUACGGACAGAUUUACCCAGGGGGUCUGAGGAAGGGUUCUGUGCCAGACUUGAACCACUACGAACGAGCAGCCAUGGCUCACAGAGGAUCCAUCCCACAUCAAGAUUACUACCCUCCCGAUCCGGGCAUGACUCCUCGUGCACCUGAAGCCUUUUACCGGCCGGAGCACCAGGCUCCGCCGCCUCACCCUCAUCCGCUCAGUAGGUCAGGUUCUCAUUUUGGCUUGGCACCCGUGGCUCGUGUUGGGUGGGAUCAAGCUCAGGGCGGGAGAGGAGGACCUCAGGCGCCCCCGUCCAAUAUACCUCCUCCUCCGACGACUCCAACUCACGAUGUGAAUCGGGCUUACAGGGAACCCGGUGUUCCCAAGAUGAUGCCUGAUAGUCAGCGCAGACCCUCUCGGGAUACAUCUCCCGCUCACUACAGCAUGGAACACGCAUCUCCUCGGUAUGCAAGUGAGCCACCACCUCUGGCCGGUCAAUCCGUCUAUACCGAUGUUAAUGGUCGCCCGUUGGAUCCGCAGCAGCAGCAGGCUGCUACUUGCCUAGUGGUGGAUCCUUCCAGUCAAGGUAUGAUGAUGAGGCAGGAGACAGCCUCGCCCUAUACACUCCAGCAGCAACAGCAAAUUCAGCAGCAGCAACUGCAACAGCAGCAACUGCAGCAGCAACAUCUUCAACAGCAGCAGUUGCAGCAGCAGCAACUCCAGCAGCAGCAACUGCAACAGCAGCACCUCCAACAGCAACAAUUACAACAACAGCAGUUUCAGCAGCAGCAGCAGCUUCAGCAGGAGCAGCUGCAACAGCAUCUGCAACCGUCUUUGCCGCCUCCCAACACCGUAACCAUCCCAGACCCUAAACUCCCUGUGGCGGCUGCACUUCCUCCCGCUUCGCCCGCCCCCUUGCAGACCGCCACAGUUGUCCCAGUUGCGCCCGCCCCGAUACAGGCAGCGCCGACUUCGGCCCCUCCGACUGCUCAACCUCCCGUUCCCCUUCCCGCCCCUCCACCUACGGCCCCUCAGACACCUUUACCCGUGGAUCCCAAGAGGGCAGCCGAUCCAGAAUUUCUUGCUUUGUUGCGAAACGAGGGCAUCUCUGAGAACACCAUUUCUUCGCUCAUUCAGCAGGGAUUUGACUCCACGAGCAUGCUGGCUGUCAUGGAGGAUAACGACGUACGCACUGUAGCGCCCAACCUCGGGCAGGCACGGGUACUUUCUCGAGUGGUCCACAACUGCAAGCGACCCACUGAGGCCCCCCCGGCCCCCUCUCAGCCUCAGACACCCAUGCGGGGGCGUUCUAAUAGUUUUAGCCAUCGUUCGGACGUCUACAGCCAGCAGCACCACCACCAACCUCUACAUCCUCCACAGGCUUUGAAUGUCGACCCUCACCUGAUCCCCCCGCCGACACCUGGGGCCAUGCAGACUAUUUCGCCAAGGAUUGGAGAGGUAGUAGGCAGAAGGCCCAGCAGUGCACCCUCUCAGCAGCUCCUGGAAGCCUCUGGAGGUUACCCAGGCCAACCCCCUCGUUCCCCGGGGCCAUAUGUCGGUGCCAUGAUGCCCGUUCAGUCAAGACCCAUGUCUGCAUAUUCAUCUGGGAUGAACAUGCAAGGGUUGCCCGUGCAGGGUAUGCAGAUCAUGUCGCAACAGAUGACCGGAUCAAUGCCUGCUAUCGCUGGUUCCAUCCACCCCAUGCCAGGAAUGCCCCAGCACAUGCCCGUCUCCAUGCCAGCUUUACCUCAAGCGCCACAGCAGUUACCUAAAGCGUAUUCCACCAAUUACACGGUGCCCAUGGAGCUAAUGAAGAGGGACCGGAGCUUAUUGCCGUUGUCACCCAUGCACAGCCCUCACCCGAAUGCCCAGCUCAUACGGAAGGGUGGAGGACCAGCAGCAGACAAUGCCCUGGUUCCUGUGGGAGGUUCCGUUCAAGGACAAGGCGCCAUGGUUGCUAACCAGAAGCUAAGUCGCCGCACAGGUCCACCAGUCAUCGUGUCCACUAUGGCAUCUCCCGACACAAGUAAAUGUGUAUUUACUCUUGAACAACUGUUAUUUGUCUUGUUCCUGCUCGGAGUUCGUUGCGGUGUACUUGACAACCCUCAUCUUGCUGCAUCAAGAAUGUUUUACUGGAUUUGUGCCCGUCCUAGAAGAAAUCCUGUCAGUCUAUUCCCUAGUCUAUUUUUUCUACAUGUCUGGCUAGUUUGGCAAAAGGCGCUUGUCAGACUUUCAUUUUCCUUGCAGGACCACCUCCGUUCGUGUGUGCAGUUGCAGCCCAGUAUGUUGGGCGCUAUCUUUAAUUCAUUGGGACUUUGAGGCAUUGCUUUCUUAAUUUGCAUUUGUUAUGGUCUGCAGUCGUUGGCCACAGUCUCCUCGCCAGGAUUUAUUUCUCAUUUCACUCUCAUUAGUGUGCGACAUUGUCAAUCAUUGAACCAAACGGCGGCACAGACUGCUUUUAUACAACCACAAUCUGCUGUGGCGAUGAGGACAUUGCACAAUGGCAGAUGUAGUAUCACUGUUAAAUGCAGUAAGUCUCUCCAUCCCCCCCAAGCUCAUGCUUUUGUAAACAUGCAUGUCUUAUUCCAUUAUGAUAAUGAGGGUGCUGCAGAAUAGCCCGGAAAAGGCUUUAAGGCUAAACAAUCUACCUGCAGUAGCCCAUCUCGGUGCACACUGACAUGCAUCCCACAGAGCGAAAUCGGCGCUGUCUCGUUCUUGCGCUUGUGGAUCAGACUUAUUCAUAUCCCGUUUGCUCAUUUGGGUGGCGACAUCAGGGUAUAUUUUAGCCACGACUAACGACCUGGUCUCGCAGCAUCACCGCGCCGAUAAAAUCAAGUUACAGCGCUGAUGGCCGACGUGUGACGCUGUCAUUUUGGCUCCGCACGCCACAGUGACAAGACAGAGCGCAGAUUUAAUCCUCUCAGAUCCUGCGUUUUCCACUGUUGCGCUAAUCCACAAAUACUGCCAGUCUGUCCUCUUCUGUCAGAAUCUGUUCUGCACACAGCCAGGAGCUUGACAGUGAGGCACUGCAACAGAUUUCUUAAUGAAGCACGUCUUAUUGUCUUUGCGAUUAUGAAGUGUAAAAGAGAGAGAGUAUUAAGAGACCCUUUGGGCCUCUCCUUCAAUGAAACGCUGGUGUCAUUUGCACGGAAUGUCACAUGCGUACAUUGCAAUCGGCAAAGAAUCACUUGUUUGCCUGCGGGGAAGACAUUUGUUGCUGUGUGGUCAUUUUGUGCGUUGGUGGGCAUUCGCAAAAUUGGAUUUGGGCAUAUUUGGAUUUGGUUAAAGUCUUGUUUAGUUGGUGAUUGUGUUUUUCAAAUGAAAGA